GCUCUGUACAACAACGACCUAAACUAGUUUGAACAAAAUCUGUCUUGGUCAAAUCUGUACUCUUCGAUUUUCUUCUAUCCUCAUUGCAAUCCACGACUCACGAGAUUCGAAUUAUCAACCCAGGCUGUACAAUUCAGUGACAACGCCUGUACGUGAACGUGUCAGAUACCCUCACGCGAGGUCUGCCUCCUGCAAUUCAUAUCCGAUUCAACUUCCACCGGUUUUCAUUAUAACUCCUCAAAAGAUUAUCAUUUCAUCCAGGUCCUUGUCUCUGUACGACCUUUUCCAAUGUCAGAUUCACCAGACUCCAUUUUUAAACCUCCAACUGCUGUCACUUUUUCCUUCACCGCCCCCUUUCCUGCUGUAUCUUCAUCUAUUUCUUCAGCGUCGCCCGCCUCUUCCGCGCUAAAGCAGAGGCGCGUGUCCCUUGCACUUCCUUCUUCCCCCAGGCUCGUGCCAGCGUGGAGUUUUCGUGACGACACCGACCUCACCUCGCAUGUUGCUGAAACUUCUGCUCCAAUGCCGGAACGUAAGGGAAAGAUGCGCAAGAUCGCUGGUGAUGGCGACUACCGCGAUACACCUGGCGCUUUUAUUGUCCAGCAGAAGAAACCACGAAAGAAAUGGUCCGAAGAAGAAACCCAAAUGCUCGUCGAGGGUUGCAACACGUGGGGCGUCGGCAAUUGGAAGGCCAUAUUGAAAGAUCCGAAACUCAAGUUCGAUAACCGUUCACCUGUCGACCUCAAGGACAGAUUUCGCACUUACUUCCCUGACGCGUACAAGGAACACUAUCCCAAUGCGAAGACGCAUCUCUCCAGUAAGAUCCGGUCAACUCUCCCAGACGGACGCUCCAUCUUUGAGAAAACGCGUAGCAAGAAACGUCGUCCGUUCACUGAGGAUGAGGACCGCGCUCUCAAGGCUGGCUAUGAGAAGCACGGUACCGUAUGGGCAACCAUAGUCAAAGACCCUGUCUUUCAAGAGCAGAAUCGACGUUCGACUGACCUCCGUGACCGUUUCCGCAACGCGUUUCCAGAGCUGUAUCAAGCAGCCGGCUAUAAGCCGCGGAACGCUCCAAAGAAGCGGAGAGAGUGUGUUCAGCCACUUCCCAUUCGCUCAGCAACUGAUGAUCAGUUGACUGCGCACAGCAGCCAAAUAGGCCCUGCCCGCAAGAAGCGCAUGCAGUCCAGGCAGGGCAUGUUUAGAGGCGGGACGAAGAGCGUCCCAGGGAGUACAUCGUGCUCUGAAGAUGACGAUAGUUCAUGUGGCGAAGAGGAGGGCAUCACCAGGCUGUUCAGAUGCCCGCCGAUUGUGCACGACCUUUGUCACCCAGAUGAUACGUCUUCGCCGGACGGACUCGCGGAGAUGGACAUGGAGACGAUAGACCCCUUGUCUGAGCCACUAUCUAUUCCUGACUUCAUGCCUAGCGCAUCGCAUUCUCUUUCAGAGCUCACGGACUCCUCUCAGUCACAGACUUGGUCCAGCAUAGAUACACCUCUCAACUCCGCGACGUGGUCUACUGCCUCUCCGACCUCAUCACAUAUCUCUUCUUCUGAUUAUAUGCUUGGUCAUUCUCUCUUUGAUCGUCGCAUGAACACUAUUGGCAAGUCAGCAUGGGGUCCGCAGGACUGGUUUUCCGCCAACCCCCGGCUUGAACAUUCUGCUUUCUCCAGCAGCGGGUCGUCUUUCGCGGACGGUUUGUCUCCAGCACCAUCAUCUCCGUUUUCCUUUCAUAACCUUAACCACGGCGUCGUCGAUCGCUACGACCUUUUUCCGAGUUCCUUUCCAAACGACUUCACCUCGGAUGUCGGCGCUGGGGACACGCAUUCCACAUUUUCGGAUCAUGAGAUGUUCGCGCCCAGCAGUUUCAGGGGAUUCACACAUCACUCCAACUAUGCCGGUGAUCUCAUCUUCGGUGCACGGACACAUCAACCCCAGCAGUCAUACUACGGUCCUGGAUUCGGGUUUGGUACACCUGGCCUUGGACUUUCAGGGAUGCAGCAAGCCACCGGUCUACAUCCACUCCAGAUCCACACCCCUGCUUUGCCAGGUAUUGACGAGAUCGAGCUGGCGUCGAUCACACUCAAUGACCAAGCGGAGAUUUCGGGCGAUGCCGCUCAGACCACUAGUGAGAUUGGAGUGCAGAAAGACGAUUCUGAGACGUCUUUGAGCCUCUCUGCUCUGGAAAUAUAUACCAUGGCGCAGCAGAACAUGGAUGAUAUCGUUGACUUGACGCAUUCCACUCCCCCUGCAACACCCAUCACCUCGUCACGUCCUCUACGAGGCCAUCAUCACAUGCAUGCGUCGUCCAAUCAUGGUCGAUCUAUCUCAGUUCCACCAUCUGAACACCGGUGUAUGUCCACCCACCUGUCUCAGGGCCAUGGUGCCUCGCAACCACAGAUCACGAGCACUCGCUCGCUCCCAUUCUUCGACACGCACCCACUCACACAUCCUUCCGAUCUGGCAUCUAUGCAUACACAAUCGUCACCAUCAGGGGUAGACUUGUGGCGGCCUUCAAACCCAAAUGAUUUCCACGGCGUUCCCUACCUCGAUCUGCACUACUUCAGCAGCCAUGCCACUGAUGGACAUGAUGCCAACCCGAUGACCAUCGACACUUCGCGUCAGGGACAAGCGUUAGACCUCGCUCGCUCACAUCCUUCUCAGAAAUCAGCCCCUCCCGUACCGUACUCCACGGUUUCUCAGGCACUUCAGACGGCGCAGGGGCUUCUGGCAGGCACUAGUGCACGCCAGCCACACGGGAUGCACCACCGCGGGACGAGCUUUGUCUCGCCGCAGGAUCUGCAUUUCCGCAAAGCGAACGACAACAAGCGGAAGAGAGCCAGCUGGGAUGGCGGGGUCUUCUAAGCAGGCUUGGUUCAGUUUGUUAUUUUUGCUUUCCCGGUGGACUCGGAAUUCAUUAUCGGGAGACACAUCAGUUCUCUCCAUCAUUUCUUAUCUCCUUCGUUCCGUAAUUAUCAUCAUAGCAUUGCAUGUCUCGGUCGCAUCCCAUACUUUUUAUGUUUAGCUCUAGUAGCACACAUCAUGUUUCCGCAAUCAGGUUUCGUAAUAUGAA